AUGAGGAAACAUAUGGGACACAAGAUCUUGUUGGAUCAAGACUUUUUCGAUCCUUUGAGCGUUCAAGUUGACGUAGGACUACCUCCUCCACCGUCUCCCAGCCACAGAAUCGAAAAAUUCAAGCUUAAAGCUAGAUCGUUUUCACACACUUCAAACUCUCCACCUUUUGAUGAAGCUUCCACAUCACCCGGCUUCUACAACGCCUUCUCACAAUUUGAACAGGAACACUCAUUCUACAACAGACACCCGAUGACAAAGAAGAAAGAGAGGAGCAGCCAGAAAAGGGCAGUUUCGUCGCCCCUUCAGUUGGAAAACAACGGCUCAGAAACAUCACUAGUCACAAGUUUCAUCAAUAGCUACAAGGAAAUGGGCGACUCUGACUCAGAGCAUUCUUUAUUUUCAAUUCAGACUCAUUCUUCAAAAGAAUCGCUACCAAAAACUGGUAUCACCAGUACCUACUCAAAACCGCUACCUUCUAUUCCCAUUGAGACUUUUAACCAGGCUGAUGUGAGAGAUUACACUCUUAGCUCUCCACGGCCUCAAAGUCAUUAUCAGUCCCCACCAAAACCAAAACCGCAGCCUAAAAAACACCACAUGUCGCCUCCUGAUACAACUAUCUUCACCCGAAAGCCCACGUACCUCAGAAAACAGCAUCGAUCACCCUCCGAUCAGGCGGUAUGCGAUGCUGGGAUCGAGCCAUUUAUGCUCUGCGGGUAUCAGCCAACCAAAACGUUAAAGAUCGUAAACUAA